AUGGUUUGUAGUAAUAGAGGAGAGAGAUGGACUUUAGCUGGAACAACGGCUCUGGUCACAGAAGGCACCAAAGGAAUUGGGCAUGCCAUUGUCGAAGAGUUAGCAGGAUUUGGUGCAACAGUACAUACAUGUUCUAGGAAUGAAGCAGACCUCCAGAAUUGCUUGGAGAAAUGGGAAAAGAUGAACUUGAAAGUCACUGGAUCAGUGUGCGAUGUCUCUUCUAGGAGUGAAAGAGAGAAGUUAAUGGAGAGGGUUCAAUCCAUUUUUCAUGGAAAGCUCAACAUCCUUGUUAAUAAUGCAGGAAUAAUCCGCAUGAAGUCAACAACAGAGCACACAGCAGAGGACUACUCUGUUACCAUGGCCACAAAUUUUGAAUCUGCUUUCCAUCUGAGCCAAUUAGCUCACCCCCUUCUUAAGGCAUCAGGGAAGGGCAAUAUUGUCUUUAUAUCCUCCAUUGCAGGGAUCAUAGGGUUCCCUUCUUUCUCCAUCUAUGCAGCAACUAAAGGAGCGAUGAAUCAAGUCACAAAAAAUCUGGCUUGCGAAUGGGCAGGCGACAAUAUACGCGUAAAUUGCGUAGCUCCAGGACCAAUCAGAACUCAUAUCGUGCAAUCGCUACAUAGAAAUGAGGAGCUCAUGGCCAGAGAAUUUGUUCGGAUUCCGCUCGGGCGAAUCGGCGAGCCGGAGGAGGUGGCUUCGACGGUGGCUUUUCUUUGCAUGCCUGCCGCGUCGUACAUCACCGGCCAAGUCAUCUGCGUCGACGGCGGCCGCACAAUCAACGGUGCUUCCUAGUGUCCUCCCUAGCAGGUUUAUGAAGCUGCAGAAACUUUUAUUUAGGUGUUGAAACUUGGAACUAAGCUUCAGAUAUGUAGAAGCUCUAAGCAUAGUUAUGGAAUUGGAUGUGUUGCGUUUAGGUUCAUUUCAAAUGUGUGGUGUGCGUGUAUUUUACAAAGUGUUGUUACAUAUAUUGUUUGGUGCUUGGUCACAUUCUCGAAUAAAUUGCUAUUUGUGAUAUGAUGAUCCACUUAAA